AUAAGCUAGGGAAUGCUUCGUUGAUUGCGAUGGGCUCUUGAAAGAGCCUUAAUUUCGGGGGAAUAGUUUGUACAACAAACACAAUCUAUCCAAAACGUUACAAAGGGAGGAAACAAGGAACUAUUCCAAGCUUUACGGAACCCAGAGACCAACAGGAAACGACUAUUUUUACAAAAGAUAAACACUGGAUUCUCUGUAGAAACGGCGCCAUAACCAGGUUCAUUGUUCGAUACACUCGGCAUGGUUGUUGCAUUGUAGGUCAGACAGCGAGACCAAGCAUCACCAAUGCAAGCAGACCCUCGAAACUUUUAUUCUCACACGAGCGCAUUCAGCAGCUUCAAGAAACUGAAACUGGACACGUACGCGACAUGUCAUAAUGUAGCUCCGUUUUCGACGGCAUAUGAUUAUCACACGGAGUACCCAAUAAACAGUUUCACAUUUGCAAAUAACGGGAAUGUUCAUCAUAAUAUUGACGGUAUGCCACAGAACUAUAUCCGUGCAUCAACCGUCAAACUUUUAGACACAUACCAAAGAUGUGGAUUAAAAAGAAAAAGCGAAGACUUAGAACAUUCGUUACAUUUUCCUGAGCAACACACGAUAUCUUCUGAGGAAGAGACUACUGCCACCACGACGACCACAAACACCAACACGAAUAACACGUCGAAAAACACUAGUUCCUCUAACAAUGAGGGGGACUACUCACUGGUUCAGCACGAGGUUCUGUACUCAAUGACCAGUGCCUAUGAGGUGCUCGAGUUCUUAGGACGGGGCACCUUUGGGCAGGUGGUCAAGUGCUGGAAGAAAGGGACAAAUGAGAUCGUUGCCAUCAAGAUCCUGAAGAAUCACCCGUCGUACGCCCGACAGGGACAGAUCGAGGUCUCAAUUCUUGCGCGGUUAAGUCAAGAAAAUGCUGACGAGUUCAAUUUCGUUCGCGCGUACGAGUGCUUCCAACACAAGAACCAUACGUGCUUGGUGUUCGAGAUGCUGGAACAGAACUUGUACGACUUCCUCAAGCAGAACAAGUUCCAGCCGCUCCCGCUCAAGUACAUCCGUCCAAUCACACAGCAGGUUCUCACGGCGCUGCUGAAGCUGAAAAACCUCGGACUGAUACACGCUGAUCUGAAGCCUGAGAAUAUUAUGCUGGUGGAUCCUGUGCGCUUCCCCUACAGGGUAAAGGUCAUAGACUUUGGUUCGGCGAGCCAUGUGUCCAAGGCGGUGUGUUCGACGUACCUUCAAUCAAGAUAUUACAGAGCGCCAGAGAUCCUGCUUGGCCUGCCCUUCUGUGAGGCAAUAGACAUGUGGUCUUUGGGCUGUGUGAUAGCUGAACUCUUCCUGGGAUGGCCCCUCUACCCGGGAUCGUCCGAAUAUGAUCAAAUUCGGUACAUCUCCCAAACGCAGGGUCUCCCAGCCGAACACAUGCUCAGUAGUGCCACGAAGACCUCGCGCUUCUUCAACCGAGAGACGACAGAGGGCAGCUACCCUUUCUGGCGGUUAAAGACGCCAGAGGAACAUGAAGCUGAAACGCGUAUCAAGUCGAAGGAGGCGAGGAAAUACAUCUUUAACUGUCUUGAUGAUAUGGCACAGAUCAACGUCCCGACGGACUUGGAGGGUGUGGACCUUAUGGCGGAGAAGGUAGACCGACGUGAAUUCAUCGACCUGUUGAAGCGAAUGCUGACGCUCGACCAAGAGCGACGGAUUACACCAGGAGAAGCAUUGAAUCAUCCGUUCAUCGUGAUGGCACAUCUUGUCGAUUACGCUCAUACGAACCUCGUGAAACAAAGUGUUCAGAACAUGGAGAUUUGUCGGCGAGGCAAAUCCAACGGUUACGAUUUGAAUCAGAACCCAAGCAACUUGAUGGCACCGUUUAUGCCAUCGUCAACGACAAGUAUAACGCUAACUUUCAACAAUCACCUGAACGCACUCCAGAAUCAGGUGAGUGGAUACCAGCUCCCGUCAGCACCAGCCACGUACCUGCCCUACCAGCCGAACCCAGUGAACCAGCGUCUCAACCCGCCGGUACCACAGCAGUCGACGGCAGCUCCUCAGUUUGCGAACGACCCGUUCUCGCAGUCGCUCUGUAUGUCAUCACUACGACUGGGUAGAUCAGGCAAUUUUGGGAUUGGUAAUUCUCCGUCGAAGCACGCCUAUUCCGUGCGUGUGGAGAAUGCUGUUCCCAUGGUAACUCAGCCGCCGCAAGCACUGCAGAUCCAGCCGCAGUUGAUACCGCAGCCGCCAGUGCCGACUCAGCAGUUUGUACCAGUGUCCAUGUUUGAUCAGAGUGGACGACAGAUUCUCGUAGCUAAUGCUCCAGUGACAUCAUGGCCUGGUAUCAACAACCGCCAAGUGUUGGUGCCCGCGUGGCAGCAGCUUCCGGGCCUGUCAGGCGGCCUCUCCUCCCAGCGGCCAGUUCAACAGCACAUUAUUCCCGAGGCGCUCGCCUCGCAGCAGAUCCCUGAACCGCUGCGGCGGUCUUUGCUCGUCGACAAUCUGGACCACCAGCCGCAGCCUAUGUUUCCUAUGGAACUGAGUGAUGGGCGGUUGUUCAUGGAUAGAGGGCAGCACCAGGGAGGUCAUGGGACACAGUUUGCUCAAAUGAUACCGCAUUCUAUGGGAGCAUCGCAGCCAUGUCAGCCAUGGAACCUAGGCAUCGUGCCCCAGUCAACGAAGAUGCUGUCAUCAUCACACCGCCACACAUCCUCGGCCAGUCAGAAACGCCAGAGCAAGAAAGUGGUCACGAAGGAGGUCACGAGCCACCUGUCGCCGGUGAAGAAGCGGGUGAAAGGAAGUACCCCGAUGCAAUCUGCUACGGCAACAGUAACACGGCGUCACAGUCCCCCGCUUCCCGAUUGGCCGAAUGUCAACCGGUCAAAAGUUGGUAGCUCGCCGAAGGGUACGCAGAGUAAUCAGCGCCAGCCUGUUGUGAUCGUGGAUACGCCGAGCCCAGCAAUCAGCGUGAUCACAAUCAGCUCGGACAGCGAGGAUGAGGACGUCCCUCAGAAACCACCGGCAAAGUGUAAGGACAAUUGUACGGCUUGCACUGGGAGCAGUAUUAAUGUUUUGAGCACAAGUCCCGACUCGGAUGUCAUCAACAUUUCGUCUAAGAAAAAAUCCCCGACAAACAAAGUCAAAGUCAUGGGUUGUGUGACAGUGCCGGAUUCGGAUUCAGACGGCGGGGACCAGUCCCGCGAGGGCACCGGGUUCAUUGUGAUUAAAGAAGAAGCUGACGAUUCACCACCAGACGUCGUCAGCAGUACGUUACAAAAGAACUUGCGGUCGUUACAACGGCCGGCUAGGGACAGUGAAAUUUUCCUGCGGCGGCAUGAUAAUUAUGAUCCACGGCAGGUGCGGUUACCAAAUAGCCCCAACUCACAUUUGUCGCUAUUACAUGUGGAUACGGGUAUGGACCCCCAUGGGAAAAACAUCAAGCAACAGUACUCGCCGAACAGUGGAUCACAGCGGCGGACCAACGGGCACAACAAGCAGAGGCCAGUAACGUUGAAUUUGGCACCAGUUCAAAAGCUGCCGUCGCCACGUCAGACGCUGGGACACAUGCAGCAGCCGCUAUACCUCAACACAGCGCCAUCUGAUGGUCACAGAGAUCAACGCAGAUCGCAAGCUUUGCAUGGGAGUCCCGCGUACCUUGUGCCAGCACACCAGAAGUCACAUGUGCAAGUAAGUGCACCAGGGCCGUUCGGGCCGUUCUCUCCCACCGGAGUGCCACCACCAGCUCACCAGAGCCCACGACAUGUACAGUUCACCCACCCAUUACCGGCCCACGUGCACCCGGUACUCCAGUCGCCGGGGUUGCAUCCGGCGGCAGGCCCGUACCCGCCCGUGCAUCCACAGUUCGCAAGCCCAUUUGUCAACUCCCCUUCGAGCGUGUACGCGUCGUAUCCUCUCAGUCCAACGAAAACACGCCAGUAUCAGUAUCUUUACCAGGCGUUUGCUGGGGAAUGACUAGCACGCUGAUCAAUGUGAAUUGGCGCUAUCGAUGCCUAUAGCGACUGGUGUUGUUCAGUUGCUGUCUUGUCUGUGGAGCUGAACUCCAUACGCUGAUAGAGGAGGUGGACCGUUAUUUUCGGCAGCGUGACGUUUCGUAAACUGGAGUUCUCGCAGUUCAGGAGAAGGAAUUUUUAUGAUGCAAGAAAUAUGCUGAUUUGAUAUUAAGGAGCACGGAAUGCAAUUUUAAUUCUCUUUUAGUUUGGGUUGGUCACUUUUUGCCAUUGUAUGGCAAAGGUAAUGGUUUAGUGAUAGGUUUUUGUGCACUUUGUUUUUUCUCCAAAAUCUUGCAGGUAGCUAGAUUACUGCUCUGUUUGUUUUAGUUAAGAAUUUUUUGUCUGGUUUUAUGAUUCCUCUCUUAGACUAGCGACCUCUAGCGAAGAUGACUGCUGUUCCGUGAGGGUUUCACAGAUUAUUAGAGGCCUUGGGCUUGCUUAAAAUACACACUGGUGUCAGAACACUAGACUAACGUUUUACACUUUUCCCUUGUUCAUUCAUUUUAUCUUUGCAUUUUGCAUUUAUUAACGAGAAAAGCUUUAUUGUCACCUGUGUGUAUUGAGCGUGUGCGCGUAUGCAAUAUAUCUAAAUUGUAAAUAUAGUGCGUGUGAAGUAUAUAAAAAAACUUGUAAAGUAUUUUAUGGUGCAUAUUUUUAGAAAUGUAAUGUAAAUGUCUGUGGGUGGUUGCCGCAAGCUAUACAUAUAUAUAUAUAGAUGAAAUGGUGAUAUUUAACUUAGGGCAUGUGUGUUUGAGAAGAAAUGGUGGCCAUGUUUUAGUAAUUUUAAAAUAAUCAAAUUCGAACUAGGGGGUGUUUAAAAUGUGUAAAAAUGUGUUGUACAGUCAUGAGUGAUAUGAUCAAACGAAAUGUAAGAAAUUGUCGAAACACCUAUAAUUUUGUCGAUAGCGAAAGAUUCCUUUACUCAAAAGUCGUUGGGCAUGCGUAAAUAUCCAACAAGACGAAUUGCUAUGAUUUUGAAUUUAUUGUUGUUCUUCCAUGAAAUAGUUCAGAUGUGCAUAUCAUAAAAAACAUGGCCGCUGCUUAAGAGUUUGGUGUCCAUUGCCUUAAAGCUGAACUGCCUGUUGUCAACUGGCCCCAAAUUUUGGGCCGUUUCUGUCGGACAGUUCAUGUAAAUACUUUAUCACCUCGAUACCUUGAACUCCUUUGAAUCUAAAUGGACUUGGGUGUACACACUGUUUGUGUUUGCACAGCAAUAGUUAUAUUUCAUUUUUGAGGUGUUGUGACUGAUUUAAAGUAUAAUGAAAUAGUGAAAUGAAUGAUCGAUCAAUUCUAACAGUGUACUGUGUGUCAAAUGUGUAAUUAUCAGAUCAUUUUGAUCAAAUCAAGUUUUAGUCAUUAGAAGCCCUCCCAGGUCAGAAUCACUCAUUUUAUUGCUCUUCAUUCAUCCUGCUUAUAAGUUCAAUGUGUCGAAUAUCUACUUAUAAUCAUUGGUAUCCAGUUCUUAUAAAAUGGACUUGGUGUUUUAUUCUGAGUAUAUUCAGUGCUUCUUUCUGUGUAUGGCCUUCAUAUUACAUGUAGAGGAUAGUUAUUUAGAACGUUUGGUGUGCAUUUUAUCUUAAUCUUAGUGUAAGUUACUGUUUAUGUGUGUGUUUAACGGCACAAGUAGAAAGUGGGUGGUUCUGAUUACGGGAGGAGAUGGGGGCCAAGGUGUCGUUGAUAUUCUUUAAGGUAAUGGAGACAAAAACUCUGCAUGGUUUAUUAUGAAAUCCAGGUUGAAACUAGUUAUCAUGCAUUAGCCAAGCGUCUUUUAAUUUUUGGGAUUGAAAAAGGUUACAUCCAUGAAGUGGAAAACCCAAUUUGCAGGCCAGUUUACUGUUUCCUCAGUUAGUCUUACCAGCAGUGUUCUAGAGGCAGUAUUCAACUGGCCUGUCGCCUCAUCCUUCCUUAUUGGUCACUAGCUUAAGGAUAGUAUAUCUUAGAUUUUACUUGCUUCUCCCAGAUUCCAUAUGAAAAUAGAUGCUGCUUGAUUAUCUAAGUAUUGCUUGGUGGUCUGAGAUGCUCUGUUUGGAAUGUCUGAUUUGCAUUUGAAGGGAGAUGACGACUACCUCUAUUACACUGCUUGUGCUAUUGCUAACAUUGAGGUUGAGAAAUAACAAGUUUAUAAUGGAAUGGUUUUAUACUUUGAGUAGCUACUGUUGGCUGUAAUAUCUGGUGUCCUCUGAGGCUGUAGCUCCUCACAACAUAGCAUCAGGUACACAUUGUUAAAGGGUAUGUUGGCUCAUAACAACAUGUUGACAUGUCCUUUAAUGUUCAUCUAAUGUCAACAUGUUGUCCUGAGCUAACGUGGUCUCUAACAACUGGUCCCAGUAUGUUAGUGACUCUACUGAUUUAGAAACUGGUACCAGUUUUUGUGUCAGCUGUGUAUCAUCCAUAUGGACAAAUGCUUGAAGAAGCUCCAACAGUUGACAGUAAGUCAAAGUAACAUUUUAAAAAGUGUGAUGCCAUCCCGUACUCGUCUCAAAACUUUGGUGACAAAUGCAUUGAUGUAGCUUCAACUGGAUUCACUGUUUUUUCUUCCCAUAGUUUGACAUCUAGAUUCCUUGAUUGUGUUUUCUCUUUUCAUGUAAUCUAUAGACAAGGAAGUGUAUACAAAUGUAUUCAAAUUCAAACAUAUAUAUCAGGGACUAUAACAUAAUCUAGUUUAUCAAUAUUCUGUGUUUCCAUGUGUCACACACUUGACCAGAAUUAAGUAUAUAUUAUGCUACAGUGUAUUUUUUUGGCUUGUUUGCGAGAGUUUAGGACUUAGCGUUGUGGGGUUGUGUUCCCUUGAUGAUUCUUACCAUUCGUUGGCUCGGGAUAUCCGUGGGGGGAGUCUUGUACCACGGUAAGAAUUCCUUGGGAUGGACGUUAACUUUUAUUACCCUGAGGCACCUGUUCAAAAGGGCUUUGUGUUCGUUUUUGGCUUUUUUAAGAAUCAAUUUGAGAGUUGUGUAUUUGUUUUUAAGCCCACUGAAAUUGAUCUGGAAUACUGCGUUUGCACCAAGGUCUCGUUCAAUGGCGUUGAAAGGUCAAAGGUUCACGUUGUGUACUGAAAUGCAUUUCAUUACUGAAGUGGGCUGUUUGACUUCAAAGCUCUGGAAUGGUCCAGCUCUUUGGAAUGUCAAAUGACUUACUUUAGCCUUGAUUGGCCUGCUAGUCCAUGCCAAACUGGUUACAUAAUCCCUCAGAUGCUAUUAAUGAUAUUAUUAGCGAAAAUGUAAUAAAAACGUUUGAUCUGUGUGUAGAUCCAUAUAUGAAACACUGUAUUAGGCAUGUUGUGUAUAUUUUCCGAAUUGAGCUUGCCAGUAGAAUGAAUAGUGAUCACAUUGUCGUUUCGCUUCGCGCUUAAUCAUUCAUUCAAGUAUAUAUGUCGGCUUUUUGAGCAUGCGUGUACACUUUUCUGUGGAGGGUUCGCCACUGGUGUUAAUUGCUUUUGAAAUAUGACUGAAAAGUGCAAACCUAACGUUUAGUUUUGGGCUGGGCAUGAACUAGUUCAUCAAUUCGAUUUGAUAUAGUCCAAAUCUGAUGACGUCAGCGAUAUCGACAAUCAGCAAUCAAGCCAUUUCCUGACGAAAUCUUAAAAUGUACGGACGAAAAUUUGAAGGACAUUGAUUGUUGAACUUGGCUUGUGAUAUUGAAACCUUUGGAUUAAGCUCCAACUAGUUCAUCUGCGUGAAAUGUUUGGGGAAACCAAAUUGUUUAGAAAGGCUUGCUGUCUAUCGAAAGAUGAAGUGGGCCAAGCCGACCAGAGAUUGAACCAACGACCUUCGAAGCGACAAGCAUUGACGUAUCAAUUUGAAAUUCGGUCUUCCAUUUAGCCAUUUUGGCAUUUUGACAGCUUGGAAAUAUAUUAGUAUGUCUUCAAUCCACUAAAUCAUAAAUUACAUGUCGUCGUAAAGUCUUUAUGAUAUUGCCAUGUAUUUUAGAUGGAUAAACUUAGUGCAUUUAGAUUACUCCGUCAGCAAUUUUCAUUUCAAAGCGUACUGGUUGAUUUUGGACUCUUACUAAUAUUUCACAAGCAAUUUCACAUCAUGGUGGUACCCGCCAUCCAUCACUUGGCAUUAACUUCAGACAAUCGGAGGCUGAAAGAUGCAAUAAACAAUAUAUCUGGGCACUAUUUUUCUUGGGUGUAGGAAUAAUUAUCUCUUAGCGAGGGUGUGAUUUGUCCUUGUGACCUUGGAACUAAAUGAUACACGGCAGAAAUUAACAGAAAUGAACUUAUUUAUGGAAGGUCUAAAAAAAAUCAACUUUAUGAUUGAUUAAUUUUAGUCUUUUUGACUUAUUGAAUUACUUUGAUCAGUGAUGAAAUGCUGUCAAUAGCAGACCAAAAAAAUUGUUUCUCACAUUAAUUAUUAGGUGUUCCUGGUUCCAAGGUUCAACAUUUUUACGAGGAAAUCUCACUCCUAUCUGUCUACCCUAUGCGGGUCAUACUGUAAAGAUGGAGCCGUCCGUUUUUGGGAGUGGUCACCUGGGCACAAACUUUAAUGCAAAGAUUUCGGAAAGGUUUGCACUGUGUAGAGAGCUAGGUCAAGUUAAGAAGACGGUGUCAGUCCAGGUACUGAUGAGAUACCUAGAUGAAAGAUAUUGUAGCCCAAACCUGGCACUGUCUCCGGUCUUUGACUAUGCAUUUUCGCGCUACAUGAGUAGUUUUGGUGAAAUGGCUCUGAUAUGGUCACAAUUCGUAAUUUUCACUUGGUCACAAAUCUUUUGUUUAAUGUAAAUAAAUAACGUCGUCCUUCCAAUUUUGGCAGCUUGGGUAUCAAACUCGAAUAAAACAUAAUGAAAAUGAUAUGUUAGAAAAUAGCACUUAUAACCUGCUUGCAUUUCUUAAACUAAUUUCACUCGAUUGUAAAGGGAGCUGUUCAGAAAUAACGAAAUUCAAAUUUGAUAAAAGUUGCCCAGGUUUCCAUUCCCAGGAAAUUUUGAAUCGCGGUCGUUUUUACAAGUUCAUGACAAACUUUGCAUUGGUGCUAUAAUCUGUAUCGCGAUCAAUGCAAUGGUAUAAUAUGUCCCCCUCAAUCUAUUUGUAUAUAUGAACCUAUACGCUUGUUCUAUGUAUCAAGAGCCAUAAUAUUUUUUCAUCAUGCACAUUAAUCACACAUUUCUCUAGCGUGGUGUGUCAUGUCACUAGUUUAUCAAAAUAAAUCGUGAUAUUUCAUCGGGUAUCAUUUUCUCGAAGACGAUGUUCGGUUGUUCACUUGAGCUGUUUAUAGUAAUACAUUGUUUAUAUAUGAAUACAUAUAUGUAUAAAGGGUCUAUGUAUAGAUUUUGUGUAUUAUAUGGUCAAUGGUUAAACGGCUAAUCUACUAGGGUUUUACGUAUAGAACUUUGGCAUAGUUUUCAUUUCGUAGCUACUAAGGUUCAUUUUCAUAUUUUAUGUCGGAAUUGCUUCAUCAUAUCUCACCAAGAGAUGACCCCAUGCAAGUAAACGUUGGUACCAUUAACAAAAUUGAGCUCCGCAUCUGCAAAAUGGAGUAUUGGUAUCAUCUGGUCAAACUGCCUUCUAACAUCUGAAAUCAAAAACGUUGCCCCACGUGGUACCAUUCUUGAAAUGUGACCCGUCACAGCAAAACCAGGCGCAUGUCGCACAGGAGAUGAGCCUAAAUGACACCAGGAGAUAAUGGAAGAAAUUGGUCAGCUCAUAUUUCACUAAAGGCAGACAAUAGAGAAUUGAACAAACAGUCCGUCUCAACCUGUCAAGCUCAGAGCGACAUGCGCCUGGUUUUGCUGUGACGGGUCACAAAUAUUGUAAAUGCCCUUUAAAGGUCUAGCCAAAAACAGUUGGUUCGCCUUGGCAAGUUAGACAAGGACCUGUCUAGAUUCUCACACCAGCAGUGGGGUCGAACCAGGGAUCUCUUGACAGCUAGUCAAGAGACCAAGCCACUACGCCUCAGUGGCCUCUGACUUCGUAAAUGUGUUUGCAGAAUCAUGUAUUGGGUUGUUGGUUGGUUAGCGCAAGAGGAGGCAAGACCACAAUUGAUUUUUUAAGCCUUUUAGCAGUUAAAUUGUCAAAUUAGACAGACUUUGAUAUUUCCACUCUUUUCAGCCAACUGGCAGAAAAAACUCAAAACACGCCCCCUAUUACCCAAUUAGCAAAAUUCGAAAUUAAUUUUUUCAUCAAAUAAUUUCUUUAUAUCUGUAGACUUGCCACAGCAAAUAUUUUUUCAAUACCUCUCCAAAUAUGUACUUGAGAGUUAAAAACAUGCACUCGUCUAAUUGAUAGGCCUCGACCCUCCAACCUAUGAAUAUUCAUUAGUGGUCUUGUCUCAGAGGAGUGACGGUACUGGCUGAUCCCAACAUAAUGGGCGAUAUGAAUAAAGACAAGUAAAUGCUUUUACUACAAUUUUGUACAGAAAGGCCUAGUGUAAAUGUACAUGGAGUUUUAGAUAAAAGCAUUUGCUGGUCUUUAUUCAUAUCACCCAAUGUCUCUCCCUCACUUGGUGAGUUGUCGCUGCACUCCUGUUGUUGCGCUGUCUAAAAUUAUGUGUAUGCAAUUCUUUUUCUAGACGCAACACCCGAUUGUAACAGAUUUAAAGGGUUGAAAGUGAACUAUUUUGAAAUGUUACUUGCAUGGGGUUUGAACUUGGAAAACAGUGUGUUUUAUUCUUCAACAUAAGCUAAAGUUCGUACAAUUAAUUGGCUGCGAUGAUUUGCGGGGAUUUGAAGGCGUCAUUUUACGUUCUGCCUGCUGGUAGUCAAGUGACCAAAUUUUGAAAAAAUCAUUUAAAUUUGUAAGUGCCUGAACCUUUCCGACCACCCCAUGGCCUGUUCCUCCAAGUGCUAAAGGUCUUUAACAACCUGGAGGGCUUGAUGGUAUGCCCUCGGCAAAAACCUCUGGCCACGGGGGCUGUGACGGAGAUAUGUAACUCUGUCAACACCCCAAACGUUUCAUUCUGUAUGGGCAAAUACUUUUGGAGAAAAAAAUCAUCACUUGGCUCCAGCUUUUCAUUUUCAGUUCAAUGAAUUAAAUUUUGUUCAGGAAAGCCAAGAGCAUGAUUCACAAAAUGCUGCGCUGUAUUAAAAGUCCAAGAUUUAAAAAUUGUUUGAAUAACGCCCUUCAUGUACUUACGAGAUAUUAUUGAUGAAAAUUCAAUAUCAAAGAUUAUAUUGCACAAAUUAAUUGAUUACAAUAUAGCACUAUAUAUAUUUUGGUAUUUUUCUCUGUUUGCAUUUAGUGCGUGUGUAACUUUGCACAAGCUGCUUUUGUCAUGGGAUAUAUAAUCAUCUGUACUCUCCACUUGGGAAAAUGUGUGAUAUAAACAAUAACCAUAAUUGAUUAAUAAUAAUGAUAUAAUUAGUAAUAAUUAGUGGCUGCGUAGAUGGGUUCUGACACACCGUGGUUGUGAAGCGAUUAGAAGGUCAUGUUUGUAAUGUUUUCAACUCAAAAGCCAAAAGAACUCUAUGGACUUGCAUGUUAUUCUGCGAGUCGAAUUUAAGACGAAGCUGUCGUUACGAAGACAUCAUGCCUACUCGAAAAAUCUAAAAGACUUUAAAUUAAAAAACCCUUGUUGGGUUGGCCAGCGUGAAGCAUCCCCCUUUCAUGCCUAUUCUCCAGUUGCAUGCAAUGGUGGCAAUAAUUCAAUGCUUUUAAACUGAAAGAUUUGGAGACUUACUCUAAAUUCACUGAUCUAAGAUCCCACCAAUAAUCACUAUAAAUUCACACUAAGGACAAGUCAAAACAUAACAUCACGACCAUCAGACAAGGUGGUGUCAACGACCCAUUGUCCUACCGAAUUGAACAUUUUAAACAGCAUCGAACAACCCAUGUGCUAUGCAUAAUAUCUUUUGUUUCUUUGAUAUUCAGUUUAUAGUCCUAGAUCAGUGAAUCUCGAGUAUUCGUUCGCAAAUAAAAACAUUAUAAAAGGGUACAAGGGUCACAAAAGGCCCCAAUUUUUGCCUUCAAGGGUGUGAUGUUUUCCUGAUGGCAGAUAUGUGUUGAGGUGUCAUCUCUACAGGUUCUCGGUUCACUUCAUUGGCGAUAGUCUAAAAGUUCUGAUCUUGAUUGGUCAAGUUCAAAAUGGUGCUUUUCAUCAUUCAAUCUAAAUUUGGAUUGGUUGCCGAUUUAACUUUCACUCCUAUGAAUUAAAACAUGAUAGUUUUUUGCAGUGAAUUGGGCCCAACUCAUUUUAUGUUUUAAAUGAAUGAUGUGGAUUCAAACUGAUAAUGGCCUGUUAAUGAUGAAUUCAAUGUCAGUGUUGUAUCCAUCGUCUCUGAAUGGGAAAUCUAAUAUUUUAUUGGUGCAAAAAUUACAGUAUAGAGUGGCGUGACGUUUUUUAAAACGCUUCAAAAUUCAAGUUUAAGGACAUUAACAUUUAUAGUUUGAGGACAUCAGAGAUCUGGCAUAGAAAUAUGAAUUUGACAGAUGCAUGAUUAUUUUCCAAGCAUUGACGGCAUCAUGAAAGUCUGAGUUUAUCUCAAACUGAUCACUUCCGACUUUUGUUAGAUUAUUAAAUUUAUUAAAUUAUUAUUAAAUUAAAUACAUUUUCUUUGCAUGAAUUGAAAGAAGGUUGGGUAACUUAUUUUGGUUGCGUUCUUUUGGCUGAAAAUUCUUUUCAUAAUUUGCCCAUUUGCAUAUUUGAAUUGAUUUGCAUAUAAAUUAUUUGGUCCUUAUUGUGCUCAGUGCCACCGUGGUAUUUUAAAAAUUUCAUUGAAAAUGCGGAUCUAACUUAAGGAUAAUAAUGGGCUCUUGUCACCUGAGCUGUCAAUUAAUAAAUUAAUUAUUUAUACCUCAUUUGUGAAUUUACUCUAAAAGUUUGUUGCACAAACUAAAUGUUUGUAAAAAUAUCUAUCUGUGUCUAUAGGAAUUGUUUGAGACAUUUGACUGUUUUCAGUUUGAAUUCAAAGUGGUCAAAUCAAAAUGAUUUUCUUGCAUGGGCAGUUGGUCUACAUUGGGGGGUGUUCCGAGGAAUUUCAGUGUAGACCACGUGCCUGUGAUCGCUGAACAGAAAGAUUAUAUUGGAGUUCUGUCAGGUCUUAUUAUGAAUGGAAGCAGUUCUUGAUUCUAUUCUGGAUUUAUGUUUGGUUCACCAAGUAGAGCUCCAAAUUAAUAAGCCACACCAGACGGUAACCUGGCUGCCCUUCCUAAAGUAAAGCACAAAUUUCUGAACCGUCUUAUAUGAAAAGGUGAAAAAGCGAAUCGAGAAUAACUUCAUCAAAAGUUGGAGUAUGUGACUGGAUGUACGUAAAUGUACAGGUGAUGCAUUAGGAAGUUUUACCCUUUGACCAAAAUGUCAUGAAGCACAACUUUGCUCAACAUGGUGUGCAAAUAAAAGUGACUGAAGUGUAUUAGUAGUAAAAUCUUCAAGUUGACCGAUACUAGAUAUUCUUAGAUCUCAGGCCUUUGAAAUCAUUCUCAGUACCUCCUUUGAUCUCACGUUGCAUUGGGGGGAUAAGAGAUGAUAAGAAAAGUGGCUUAAUUCUGAAGAUAAAAAUCAUGUUGAGACCAGGCCUUAUAUUCUAAAAAGUACAACCUAAUGCGUGCUCCAGUUUUGGCUUGUGGAACCGGCUGGGGCUAUGGCUUCCUCGAUUGUAAGACCUGACAGUCCUGUGGUACUCCCUGGUGGGUAGAUUAAUUAUAGUUAGGGAUUUUUCACUAUUUAGCAUUUAGCAUGUUAACUUUUCAUGUAUGUGGCGAGAUGGCGGGGCGUCUCUUACAUCUCUGGUAGGUUAUGGAUACGCCACGUCAUCUCUCGAUGGAUUGUUGUUUAUCAAAAAAAAGCGUUGCGGUGGGGCGGUACAUUCUGUGAUUCAAGUAUUGAGUGGAAUCUUUUCCAAAUGAAGAGUGUACAGUAUGACUGCUGGGUUCAUGUGUUGCCUCCUAAGACAAUGCUUGUCAUGUAGGGGGAAACCAGUAGACCCAGGAUCUUGAGUGCACAAGUGUUGCUAUCAGAAGUCAGUGAUCUUCAGAACUGGCAAGUUGACUAUCAUUUUAGAGUUGACUGCAUGGAUGUCUGUUGACAAUCUACUCUGGUACUUGUACUGGGCAUUCAUAUAUCAGAAAUACAAUGUAACUAAUCUGAAACAAAUAUGACAACUCUGAGACAUAAAUUGGACUAUUUUCUCCCCAAUGUUUGAAGCACUUUGUGAUCACGCUCUCACCGCUAACCAUAUAGCUAUUGAAUUGGACGUUAAUGUAUUUGAACAUAUUCUAAUCUAACCAGGAUUCAAUAUUACAUGUACACCUGUAUUCAAUAUCCAAUUUAAUUGGGACAUGUUUGGUUGUAGAAAAAGUGUCUUCUUGUCUUCCUUGCUGUCAGGUCAUUUCCAUAACGCUUAAGAAUAUGAACUGGCCAAGCAUUGUCAUUUAUGAGCUCAGGUGUUGUAAGGGGAUUCAAGAGUAUAUGAAGAGCUAUAUAGAAAUAUAUGAAAAGUAUGUUCCACAUGUAUUUACAUUAAUUUUUAGAAAAAGAGCAGAAAUAUUUUUCACAUCAGAAUAUACAUUGAUAUUGUUUGAGGUGCUGUUAACUGGAGUUCUGCUAAAAAAGCGGUGUUUACCCAAAAAAUUAAAGGUUCUGUUUUUGGCUCUUCAUGUAAUGCAAUGUCAUUGCCUCCAAAUUGCCAAAUUUAGAAGGUUAUUGGCAAGCUAAUGUACGCACUCUAAUGUUGGCCUGAUAAAGAAGGUCACCUUGGAUGAUGAAGUUAAGUGGACUGCUUUUGGACGACUUGUAUAUUAAAAACCAAGUUAGCUUCGUAAAUGGCACUGUUUACAGCAAAGUCCUAGCAUAGAAUAAGGGAAGCACAAAAAUAUUGCUAACGGCUAUUCUAAUAGUGAUUGAAUGGAUCUUCGAGAAAUUAACGGUGUUAUUUUUCUGUUGGUGUGUUAUUAUCUUACAUAAUGUCAAAUUAGUGGUGACGGUAUGUUUUAUCCACUCUUUGUGUUCUUGUUCUAAUAAGUGCUGGUUGUUAGUUGUUUUAAUCACCACCAGGGGGUAGGGUAGUGCCACGGUUGUGUCCGAUAUCACGGGGUUGUCUGAUUGAGGUCUGAUCGACGUUUGAAAGUAGGACAGUUGUAAAUAUUCCGUAAAUUCCGAAAUAGGACUGUAAUUUAAAGCUGUCUAAGUUGAAAUAACUGUUUUCAUUCAGCAGUGCAUGAACUUUGAGUUUGAACUUUUGUGGUGGCGCGUUAUGAAUGAAGAAGUGCGCAAGUAUGCGCUUUGAUGGCAGGGAGUUUACAGUGUGGCACUGGCCGGGCCUCGAACCCAUGACCUUCCGAUUGCAAAUCGGAUGAUCUUCCAUGUGUAGUCUCAGUCAUAUCAUAUUGCGCAUUAUGCAUUGUUGGAUGCAUUUCACUCUCAGUUGGCACUCACACUUGAGCAGAGGUGCACAUUUGUGCCGAUUACUCCCAAGUAAACCAGUUAGAGUAAAUGAUGUAGAGCAAGUUUUGAAUGAAAGAUUGUCCUACUUUCGUUCCAAAGUAUGACCCCAUUCAGACAGCACCACUUUAGUAUCACUUCAUAUAAAUAAUCAUACAUCAGGAACACAUAGUAUUAUACUUGCAUCUUUUAAGGGCCAUAUUGAUAUUCACUUCGUUUGUAUUGUAAAGCUAUAUGAUCUCAAGUAGUUAGUGUCCAUAUGGUGUAUUAGCGAUCCAGUGAUACAUUCAGUGUGGGUUUACAUAUAACAAUUUGCGCUUUGGGUUUAUAAUGUCUAUAACUAUCUCUAGUCAAUAUAUUGGCCAUAGACGUCUCGAGGCUUAAAAACUUUGGACACACUUUGAGUGCUUAGGGCGUAGUUUAGUUGUUUCUAGGUACGUUAUAUCUAUCAACUAAUGGUGUAGUUUUGUUCAGUCGAGUCUUAUUAUGGGUCGAGUGUGGAAAUAAUUACAUUAAAUUUGUUAGUUUUGCAGUCUUUGCAUUUAUGUCGAAUGCAUAUGUAGUUCAGUGGUCGGGUUUGCACACCAUAGUGAAGUGCUCGAGAUAAGUUGAGCGGGAUAUACAGUGUAUGGCAGAUUGAUGUUGUGCACAGGUGUUAGCUAUAGCGAGGUGAAAUGCAUAUCCAUCACCAGGCAAGAAAUUAUGGUCAUUCUCCAUGAUACAUUUCUGAACUGCAGUACGAUCUGUGACCAAGUCUAUGUGUAGCAUUGUGUUUAAUGUUUUUAAAAGAGUGGAUUGCCAUGGUGUCUGGCUUCACUUUUCAAAAGGUUAUCCCAAAUUGUUAGCUAUGUUUGAGGAACUAACACCAUUUUGCUCUUUGACUAGCCUUGUUUUGGUACUUGCAGCAAGUAUGGAUUAAUCUAUACUUGCUUCCAGGUAUCUAAUGGAAAAAUAACGACCUAAUAUAAAUAUGACAUAGGAUUAAAGAAAGCUUAUUUUCUGCAAGUCAGGAUAUUUUGCCAUGGAAGGUACGUGCAAUCUUGCGCACCGAUGACACUAUUACAUGAAGUAUGAAAAGAAACGGGAAGGGACCUUUUGGACACGGUCCUCUCUAGAGCGACACUUUUAGCUCUUGGCCCUUUCUGUCAGCUUGUUGACGGAGUCUUCCAGAACAUUUUCAAGUUGGAUUUAGAAGAAUGUAUGAGUUAGGGGGAUAGAUACAAAAAAAAGUGAAAUAUGUUGGUGAAGAUUUGUGAAUUUGAUUGUAUCGCCUCCUGUUUGGUCUUUUGACUUCUUCUAGAUGUAGUGAUGGUCUUGAAUGUGGAAAACGAGAGAUUGAGACAACAGUAUCUUGACUUGGGGAAAAUGGGUCCAACAGAUCGAUGACACCUUGACGACUUUUGAUUAGUUUUACAUCUUUCAAAAUCAAAUGGACGAGUAUUACGUUGAUGAUUAUGAUUGUUGUCUAGUACACGAUCUGCCCUAAUUAACGAAUUCUUAUAAAAGCUUUGAGAAAUGUUGAUAUGCUACACAAAGACUGGUCACUGUAUUGUCUGAAGUUUGUUGUGCAUCACCACUGCUGUUUGAGUGUCAUUUCUUCAGCAUCCUUCUUGCAAUAUUUAAGUGCAUAAAGUGUGAAGUUCUCGAACUGAAAAUUUAUAUUUUGGUUGGAAUUUCUUUUGCAAGAGUAGUUAACUCGCCAGAAAGUUAUGGAUUAUAUUAUGGAACAUUGUGUUUCACCUUUACAAAUCGUAAUGUCCAUUUCCGCAUUAAAACAUGGACAAUUCUAAAAUAACAGUUCCAAAACAAGACAAAAAUAGGUUAUAUUAAAACAGUUAUACAAAAUCAAGCAAAUAUUUUCAACUCAAUUCAUAUUUGUUUAUUUUGUGCUCAAAGAUUUUUAGUUGCAGUGAGCAAAAUUAAUACUCUGACAAGUCAGCGUAUAACCAUAAUCACCUUGAGAAGGAUGAUGAAGAUUGGAUUCACCCUUGACCCCCUAUAUUUCCUGAUGGAUAAACCGUUUUGCAUGUUUGGUGAAGAAAUGUUUAAUCCAUUUUGGUUGACUAGGGUGGUGAGGUACGUAGUAGGUAGUUUCUGUACUUCACUAUGGUGUGUAAUUUUAUGGCCCGAGGAAUAAUAUUUUAAUGGUAUGGGGUUGGUUGAGCUGAGUAGGGCUUUUUGAAAAUUACACUUAGAUUUUUAACAAGUCUCUUUGGGAUCAAAUUUGGAAUAAACUUAACUUUUUAAAUGAUAUAA